GCACAGCACCGAAAGCGCUUGACUCUUAGAGAUCCUAUUAAAUUACUAGAGGGACUAUGUCAUCAUAAUCCCUCAAAAUUCCAGAAUGAGACUAAAUGGGAGCCAUCUUGGUCAGUGAGAAAGUUCUCAUUCCUAAUUGUAUGGUUUGACUAAAGUCGUGACGUCUCGGAUACCACGGUUUCUGCCUCCCGCUCCGCGGACACACAGUGAAGUUUGACAGUCUCGCUUCAGGCAGCGCAGCGGUUGAUUCCGGUUUGUUUGGCCACCGGCGUACAGUUGCGCUUCUGUUCUCCGUGUACAUGCAAGGUGUGACAAAUGCCGGAUGCCAUCAAGCGUAAACUACUCCUGGAACAACUAAACAGCCCACCCUUGGAUUUGAAAGGAAUUAUACAGACUUCGAGUGAUUGACUUUGGUUUUUGGCUUGGUUUGGUUGUUUUUUGUUGUUCUAUCUUGUAGAGAAAGAGAAAUAACUGCCAACAUGUCUAGGGAUCAUGACAAUGUGAAUAAACUGACCGAAAGUACAUACAAGAAUGUAAUGGAGCAGUUAAACCCAGGUUUGAGGAACCUGGUCAAUCUGGGGAAGAACUAUGAGAAAUCUGUAGCCGUGAUGACUCUUGCUGGGAAGGUGUACUUUGAUGCUGUGUCAAAGAUAGGAGAGACUGCUUCCGUGUCCCCUGUCUCCAGAGAAUUAGGUGUGGUUCUGAUGGAGAUCUCUGAGGUGCACAGGAAGGUUCACCUGGAGCUGGAGGAGAACUUCAAGCAGUUCCACAAACAAAUAAUUUCUGAGCUGGAGAGGAAAACAGAGAUGGAUGUCAAAUAUAUGACUGCCACAUUCAAGCGGUACCAGUCAGAGCACAAAAUAAAGCAGGACUCUCUGGAGCGCUCUCAGACGGACCUGAAGAAGCUGCGGAGGAAGAGCCAGGGAAAACAAGCCACCAAGUACGAGAUCAAGGAGAACGAGUGUAUGGCGACCAUCUCGUCACGGCAGAGUGACAUGCAGAAGUUCAUCGCUGACGGCUGCAGAGAGGCUCUCCUGGAGGAAAAGAGACGAUUCUGCUUCCUGGUCGACAAACACUGCACGUUCUCUUACCAUGUCACCGCCUUCCACGAGAAGGCCAAAGAGCUGCUGGCAGUGAAGCUGCCCAGCUGGCAGGAUACAUGCAAAGAUGCCACCAAGGUCCCCGACACAGUAUUGACCAUGCUAGAGGGGCUCCGCACCCCCGUGUCUGGGACCCCAGAAGCCUCUCCUCUCGUCGAACACUACAACAGGAACAACGGGGACUUGAUGGUUCCCCCACCAGCCCCCCAGCUGAAGGCCCAGAUCAGUCCACUAGCUAACAUGUUCAACCAGUACGUCCCCCACGCCUCCAUCACAUCCACAUCUACAUCAGACCACAUCUCAGACCAGGGCAGUAUGGAGGACAGUGGCAGCCUGUCUCUGGGGUCAGUGUCGAUGGGUUCUGUCCUGAACGUGGGCAGGAAGCCACGGGUCAGGACCAUCUUCCCCCACACGGCCGGCAAAAACGACACACUCCUGUCCUUUGACGACGGUGACAUCAUCAUACUGCUCAUCCAGGAGGAGAAGGACGGAUGGCUAUACGGGGAGCUGGAGAAGACCCGGCAGCGGGGAUGGUUUCCCUCAUCUUACUGCCGACCUUACAAUGAACCUCUGAUCUCCAACAGUUUGGGGACACCGGUGCGUCAUCUGAGUGUGGCCAGUCUUCCGGAACAGGAAGAGGAGGAGCCUGUUCUGCUGCCGCCACCAGACUACAGUGACAGGACAGGGAGUAGCCCUGUCAGCCUUGUCAGCGCCUCCACACCCUCACCCAAAAAGAUGAUCUCUCUACCCAAUGAGGUUGGGAAGACUCCCUUUCUGGGAGGUGGGAAUCCCUUUGCUACUGUCAAACUGAGACCUACAGUGACCAAUGACAGAUCAGCACCCAACGUCUAAUAACCAGAGAUCAGCUUG